AUGCGUCCCUUGGCCCUUUUCCUCUUUGUAGCCUGCUUGCCCGCUGUUUGGCAGAUGGAGCAGAAGGCACUGGAUGAAUUUGUGAACCUUCUUGACCCUCACUACAGUUACACAGUCCUGGAGAAGAAGACUUUCAACUUUCUUUACGAUUUCACUGUUAUUACCAUCAACAUGACUUCCCAGAAGUGGCUGGAUGAAUCUGAAGUGGACAAACCAGUCUGGAGCCAUAAUUUGACAAUCUAUGUGCCCAAAACUAGGAAGGUGGAAAAAUCAUGUCUCCUCUUCAUCAGACCUGACAAAAAGGAUGAAUCGACUUCACCUGAUCCCUUCCAUUUUAAAGACUUUGGAGCAUUAGUACUGUCAACAAAAUCGGUCGUAGCAGAGCUGAGGCCAGUUCCUGACCAGCCACUCACCUUCUAUAAUCACCCUUUAGGACACAAGAACAGCAGAGGAUAUGAUAUAAUGGCAUAUUCCUGGUGGAGGUUUCUGAAUGACAUGACAGCACCUCCACACUGGCUUGUGCAAUUCCCCAUGGUCAAGGCCACCAUAAGAGCUAUUGACACUAUCACAGCCUACGUGAAGGAAGAGUAUUAUAGAGACAUCACAAAGUUUACAUUGGCCGGCAUUUCCAUGGCUGGAUGGGCCUCCUGGCUGACAGCAGCAGUUGACAAGAGGGUUGAAGCCAUUAUUCCCAUUGCCAUGGAUUUGCUGAAUAUCAAUGAGAAUUUACACCACCAGUACCGAGCGUAUUGCGGAUGGUCAUAUAUGUUGAGAUCCUUUUAUGAGAUGAAUAUAACACAAGAAUUGGACAGCCCCCGUUUCAGUCUUCUGGCUUCCCAUGUGGACCCCCUUGCAUACAACGAGCGAUACACAAAUGUAGCCAAGUACAUAAUCGAUUUAUCAGGGGAUGAGAUCUUUCAGCCUGACAACUCGCAUUAUUACUUCUCCCAACUGGAAGGCAAGAAAUAUCUCCGAAUCCUCCCAAAUUAUGAUCAGAGUUUUUCCGGAAACGACACAUUCAUGAGAAACAUUUCUCCCUUCUACGUCAGAAUGGUACAGAAGAAGUAUCCACUUCCCAACAUCUCCUGGAAUACAAGCACGACAAAUACCGGCGGGAUUAUCACUUUACGCACAUAUAAUGUCCAUAGAGUCUAUGCUUGGUAUGCUGACACAGUUGGUGGAACCAGGCGAGACUUCAGGACGAAGAUAGCAGCAGGCAGUUCUACUCAAAACAACCCUGUAAAAUGGACUAAGACGAGUCCUUUGAAAGGGGUUAAAGAUGUUUAUAAGGCAGAAUUUCAAAACCCUGCAAAAGGAUGGAGAGCCUUCUUCAUUGAGGCUGUCUACACAGGAGGUGUGGUUAAGGCUCCAUUCACAGCAACAUCAGAACUUCUCAUCAUCCCCGACACUUUUCCAUGUCCUGACUGCGAUGGAGAUGGAUGCCGUGGAACGUUGGUCUGACAACCUCCAGGAAACAGUCAGGAAAGCUCUUGCUCUCCUGGCUUUCUGCUAACAAUGCAGAACUGAAUUAUUCACGAGGGCUUUUUCACUCAGGUAACAGGGCUGUGAUGUAAGAAUGGCUCAGAUAUUUUUCUUGGUAAAGGGAUAAAUCCUGUUGACUGUUCUAUUAGCU